AAGAAAAUGUGGAUUAUCAUUUGUGGUUGUGGUUUCGCUAAGAGAAGCUUUAGCACAGCGCGGGUGUUUCCUUCCGUCUUCCUCGUGCUCUUGAUUUGGUAAUUGCUUCUGUUCUUCUGUCGUAGAAUCGUAGGGAUUGGUGUAUGAGAAUGGCUGAUCCUGAUAGUCGAUCAAAAUGUAGAGUAGUGUCGUUUGAUUUCUGUGUAAACAGGAUCUAGCAGAAGCGGAAGUCAUCAGAGACUCAGAGUUCAAGCAAUGAGUGCCAUAGCGCAACGGGAUGAGAAUAAUGUACCUGAUCAUCUUCUUGUUCUUGUACACGGUAUUUGGGCCAGUCCCAGCGUCUGGCUCUACGUGGAAGCUGAGAUGAAAAGACGCGUUGGAACAAGAUUCCUGAUCUAUGGCUGCACAGCAAGUUCUUCCAAUACUUCCACUAAAACGUUUGGCGGAAUCGAUGGAGCUGGAAAACGACUAGCAGAAGAGGUUAGACAAGUAGUCCAAAAGAGCAAGAGCUUGAAGAAGAUUUCAUUUUUAGCCCACUCUCUCGGUGGCUUAUUUGCCAGACAUGCUGUUGCUGUUCUUUAUUCACAAGCCAAUGAUGAUGCUGUCUCUAAAUCUGGGGAUUCACAUAUUCUGAGAGGUAGGAUUGCUGGCCUCGAACCAAUUAAUUUCAUCACCUUGGCUACACCUCAUCUAGGAGUCAGAGGCAGAAAACAGCUGCCUUUCCUUUUGGGAGUUCCUAUUUUAGAGAAACUUGCUGCACCAAUAGCUCCGUUUUUUAUUGGUCGCACUGGUACCCAGUUGUUUCUUACUGAUGGUAAAGCUGAUAAACCACCUCUUCUCUUGAGGAUGGCAUCUGACUGUGAAGAUCUUAAAUUUUUAUCGUCUCUGGGGACAUUUCCAUGUCGCAUCGUAUAUGCAAACGUAUCUUAUGACUACAUGGUUGGUUGGCGUACAUCUUCCAUAAGGAGAGAAACUGAACUUUUCAAGCCUCCACGACGGUCGUUGGAUGGAUACAAGCAUGUUGUCGAUGUAGAAUACUGCCCACCUGUUUCAUCAGAUGGAGCCCAUUUCCCUCCAGAAGCUGCUAAAGCUAAGGAAGCCGCACAAAGCUCGCCUAGUCCUCAGAACACACUUGAGUAUCAUGAAAUAGUAGAAGUUUCAAAAAAAAAUUUCAGAGGAGAUGAUCCGUGGCCUGCAGACAUUAGGGUGGAAGAAAGUGGAUGUCAGCUUCCACUCCACCUUCUGGCCUUACCUAGCUCAUAACAACAUCCACGUGAAAAGUCAAAGACUUCACAAAGCAGGAGCUGGGGUUGUUGCGCACGUGGUAGAUAGCAUAAAACAGCAAGAGUCUUCUACCUUUAUUACCGCCAGCUUAUGAAUUGUCCAAGUCUUGGAGUGUUUAACCAGUUAAGCUGAGUGUGCCGCGACAUUUAAACCAUACAUGUGUGUUCUUACUUACCAGUUCGGGAGAUAGAUGCGGAUCAAGAACGUUCACAUUCCUGACGAUUUCAUUUUGUGCAGCCCCCAAUUUUUUUUUUACAAAAUCAUUUUACAUAUAUAAAAUAUUUACUUGUACACGA